AUGUGUCCAUUCGUGGGGCAAUGCAAGGGGUACAAGAUUCUGACUGCAGGGUUGGUGCUUCUAGUUUUCGUCCUCUGGUUCAAGAUGUUCUGGCUUGACAGCACCAUCCCUCCCCCAGCACCCUACUCUGCCUCUAAAUCUGACCCCAAGUCCACAGAAUCUCACUCCCUCUUGGAGUCUCUCUCCCAGGAGCUUGCAAACCUGACCCGUCUUCUGCACUGGCCUCUGACCCCAGGAAAUGAGGUAGAACUAUUGGCCUCCACCGGCCCUGAGACCUCCACCUACCACCUGAGGGGCCCUGCCCAGGCCAGCUACACCCUAGGAGGCUACCUGGAGGCCGUCCUUGUGGCCAGAGACCAUCGGGGCAGGCCCAAGACCCGUGGUGGGGAUCUGUUUCGGGCACAGCUGCUGGGUCCCGACUUGAAGGCAGGGGUCCCUGGGGAUGUCUGGGAUCUGGAGAAUGGCACAUACCUCCUGUCCUUCCCCUUUCUGUCGGCUGGGCAGGCCCAGGUGCAAGUGCAGUUGAUCUACUCCAGUGAGGCAGUUGGAGUUCUGCGAAGACUCUGGAGAGAGAAAAGGGUCACUGUUGAUUUUAAAGGGUAUUUCCGGUGACCCACAGGAACUGAAGAGAUUGUGACUUGGGAUGUUGACCCGCAGUCAACUAGAGCAAGAGGGCCUACCUGCCAGUACAAGUAUGUGGAUUUGGGUGAGCUCCAGUUCUGUGCUCAACCCUCUACCCCGCCCUGCAACUCUUUAGUUGGGCAUUCAAGUGGAAGUUACUUGCAUGUGGCUACUCUUCAUGAUGAGGCCCUGCUGGCGUGGAAAGUGACAGACAAGGUGCUCCCUCAAGGCAUUUCUCCAGUCCGGAUCAGAAUGGCAGCCCCAGGAAAAAGUGCCCUAGUUGAGCAAGUCUGGUAUUUGUUGAGGACAGGGAAGGGGGUGAGAGACAGGAAGCUACAUGACAGCAAGGACAUCAGUCUCUUUUUCACCUAUACAAAAGUUCCCGGAAAAGUGCCAGUAUCCCUGAAGCCCAUGAAUCUGCACGCCACGUAUCAGACAGGGCCCCUGAUGGCAGUGGAGACCACUCGGAACAUAGUGCUGCACUGGCGGGCCCACAGCUGGCCCCUGCGCUCCCUCCGCACCCCAGUGGCCGCCCUGCACUCCGUGGUUCGGGAGCUGGGGGGCCUGGCCGGGGGCCCCCACACUGUCGUGGUGCUGGGUCUGGGCGCCCACUUCACCACCUUCCCUCCAUCCGUCUUUGUGCGACGACUGGCAGGCAUCCGGGCAGCCGUGGCUGCGCUGCUGGCCCGGGAGCCCCGCACUCUUGUGGUCAUCAAACUGGCCAACACCGGCUGCAAGUCCGUGUAUGGCAGUGACUGGUUCACACUGCAGAUGAACCGGCUCCUCCGAGCUGCCUUCGCUGACCUCCGCGUGGCCUUUGUGGAUGCCUGGGAAAUGACCUCCAGCCUGGCCCUGCCCGACAGCAUCCACCCGGGGCGGCUCAUCAUCCGCAAUGAGGUGGACUUCCUUCUCUCCUUCAUCUGCCCCUCCUGA